GUCCCCUCGGAGGCGACGGUACUCCAGGGGAAAGAGAACAAGCGUCGCGAGACGCGUUUCGUAGUCCACGGACUUGAGGCCGGCAACAAUUCUCGUGGCAGCCCGCUGGACACGCUCAAUGAGGUUGGCGUACUCCAGGAGCGGUCUGACGUAGGCCCCAUAGAGCAUUUGGAAGUCCAUGCGAGUAAUACCGGAGAAGAUAUGCCAGAUAUUGAGGAUCCAAUGGGUGAUGGUGGAGAUGCAAAGUCUAAAGCACAAUUGAAGAAAGAUGCUAAACGUAGCAAAAAGCUUGAAAAGUUUGAAGCUAAGCAGAAGAAGGCAAAGGCAACUGAUAACGUAAAAGAGAAAAAAGGAAAGGAGCCGAAGAAGAAGAAGGAUACAGAUAUGGUAAUUCCUUCUGUGAUGGAAAAUGGAAUGAAAGACGUGGGCCAAACGAUGCCAGAAUCCUAUUCACCUACAUAUGUGGAAGCACACUGGUAUGAUUGGUGGGAGAAAUGCGGAUUCUUUAAACCAGAAUAUCAGUCUGAUUCUGCGGAGCCGCGUAACCAAUUUGUCAUGGUCAUUCCACCCCCGAACGUCACGGGCAACCUGCACUUGGGACACGCACUGACCAACAGCAUUGAGGACGCAUUAACUCGGUGGCACCGAAUGAAUGGGGAUCGGACCCUAUGGCUUCCGGGCUGUGAUCAUGCUGGAAUAGCCACACAGGUUGUUGUUGAGAAAAAGUUGUGGCGUGAAAGAAACCUUACCAGGCAUGACCUUGGACGUGAUGCGUUCGUUGAAGAGGUUUGGAAAUGGAAGGAAGAAAAAGGUGACCGUAUCUACCAACAGCUGCGCGCGUUGGGCAGUUCUUGCGACUGGGAGCGUGCUCGUUUCACCAUGGACCCGUCCAUGUGUCGUGCAGUUACCGAGGCGUUUUGUCGUCUACACGAACAGGGCCUGAUCUAUCGAAGCUUACGUCUGGUCAAUUGGUCCUGCAGUCUGCGUUCGGCUAUCUCCGACAUUGAGGUAGACAAACGGGAAUUGACCGGUCGUACUCUGCUCCCAGUCCCGGGCUACGAUAAACCGGUGGCGUUUGGAGUCAUUGUUUCAUUUGACUAUCCGCUUGUACCAGAGCCCGGAGAUCCUGCAGACGGUAUUCGGUUGACAGUGGCCACAACGCGGUUGGAAACAAUGCUUGGUGAUACGGGAGUGGCCGUCCACCCAGAAGAUGAACGUUACCAGCACCUCAUCGGGCGUACUAUUCAACAUCCUUUGGUGCCGGAUCGUCUGUUACCAAUCGUCGGUGACACAUUUGUCGAUCGUCAGUUCGGUACUGGUGCAGUGAAGUUGACCCCGGCACAUGAUCAUAACGACUGGGAGGCUGGGAUGCGCCACAACUUACCUGCCAUCACUGUCAUUGAUGAAGAUGGAAAAAUGACUGCUGCUGCAGGCCCAAAAUUUGCAGGCCUCAAACGAUUCGAUGCACGUGAAGCAGUCCGCAAAGCUUUGAAAGAAUUGGGUCUAUAUCACGGUGAAAAGGAUAAUCCCAUGGUCGUUCCGAUGUGUUCGAGGAGCAAGGACGUCAUUGAACCGCUUCUCAAACCCCAAUGGUAUAUGCGAUGUCAGGAAAUGGCUAACGAGGCUAUGAAGGAGGUAGCCGAGGGUCGUCUACGCAUCGUGCCCGAGAUGCACGUUCGUACUUGGAACAGCUGGUUAACAGAUUGUCAUGACUGGUGUAUUUCUCGGCAGUUAUGGUGGGGGCACCGUAUUCCGGCUUAUCAUGUGUCCAUUUUCAACGCAGAGACAGGUGCCUACGAUAUGUUGGACGGUACACUGAACAGUUCGUGGGUUGUUGGUCGCACGGAACAAGAAGCCUUGGAACACGCGUGUCAACAAUUCAAUUGCCAUCCGGAUGUGAUUCGUCUCACUCAGGACACAGAUGUACUGGAUACAUGGUUCUCCUCACAACUCUUUCCUUUCUCCGUUUUCGGUUGGCCUGAUGAUACGCCCGACUUGCGCGCCUAUUAUCCGGGCAAUUUAUUGGAAACAGGACACGAUAUCCUAUUCUUUUGGGUCGCCCGAAUGGUCAUGGUCGGAUUGCGUUUACUCGGAAAACUCCCUUUCGACACGGUCUACUUGCAUGCAAUGGUGCGCGAUGCUCAUGGGAAGAAAAUGAGCAAAUCGCUUGGCAAUGCCAUCGAUCCAGUGGAUGUGAUUCACGGAAUCAGCUUGGAAGCCCUGCAGAAGCAACUUGAAACUGGCAAUUUAGAUCCUCGAGAACUGAAGCGUGCAUGUGAGGCUCAGGCCAAAGACUUCCCAAAAGGUAUUCCUGAAUGUGGGACGGACGCGUUGCGCUUUGCUCUCUGUGCUUACACCAAACAAGGACGAAACAUCAAUCUGGACAUCCUACGUGUACAGGGAUAUCGCUUUUUCUGUAACAAGCUCUGGAAUGCAGUCAGAUCCCUAACCACUUUGGCUUUUUCUUACCGCUGCACAGCCCCGAGCGUUAAGCACUUGUGUCAACAAUUCAAUUGCCAUCCGGAUGUGAUUCGUCUCACUCAGGACACAGAUGUACUGGAUACAUGGUUCUCCUCACAACUCUUUCCUUUCUCCGUUUUCGGUUGGCCUGAUGAUACGCCCGACUUGCGCGCCUAUUAUCCGGGCAAUUUAUUGGAAACAGGACACGAUAUCCUAUUCUUUUGGGUCGCCCGAAUGGUCAUGGUCGGAUUGCGUUUACUCGGAAAACUCCCUUUCGACACGGUCUACUUGCAUGCAAUGGUGCGCGAUGCUCAUGGGAAGAAAAUGAGCAAAUCGCUUGGCAAUGCCAUCGAUCCAGUGGAUGUGAUUCACGGAAUCAGCUUGGAAGAUCCUCGAGAACUGAAGCGUGCAUGUGAGGCUCAGGCCAAAGACUUCCCAAAAGGUAUUCCUGAAUGUGGGACGGACGCGUUGCGCUUUGCUCUCUGUGCUUACACCAAACAAGGACGAAACAUCAAUCUGGACAUCCUACGUGUACAGGGAUAUCGCUUUUUCUGUAACAAGCUCUGGAAUGCAGUCAGAUAUGCGCUCUAUCAUUGUCUGGGUCAGAACUUUGAAGCACCGCAUGACAGUGGUGGUUCUUUGAAGGAUCACUUAUUCCGCGUACGAAACCAUCCACUAUCUUCCGGCACGGACCGAUGGAUCUUAUCCCGGCUUGCGAACGCAGUCCAGCAAUGUAACGACGGAUUCAACAAGUUCCAGUUCCCAUCGGCUACAACUGCGUGCUUCAACUUUUGGCUGUAUGAACUCUGUGAUGUUUACCUUGAAUACACAAAACCGAUUGUGAAAUCCUCCGAACCUGCCACAGUCGAGCGUGCUGACCUAGUUCGACAGGUGUUGUACCUGUGUCUCAACUAUGGCCUUCGACUUUUACAUCCUUUCAUGCCCUUCAUAACAGAGGAAUUGUAUCAACGAUUGCCCCGUGCUGCUACUUCGCCAAUGACCACGUCCGGUCCGCAUAGUCUAUGUGUCACUUUGUACCCGGGGUCGACAGAGGUCUGCGAAUUGCGCGAUGAAGAUGGCGUGGAAACCGACUUCUGUCUUGUCACCAACAUUGUGCAUCGUCUGCGUGCGCUUCGGGCGGCCUAUCACGUACUCCCACAAACAAAGAGCUCUGGUGCUUUGGAAGCUCAAAUUUUGGCUCCUCCCGGUGUGUUGACCACUUUGCAGAGCGGCGCCUAUUUGACAGACGUUGUGGAGCCGCUUGGCAAAUGUCGUCUAGUGCGGGUGACUUCUGAACGCCAGGAAAUUGUCACUUCUGGAUGUAUUGGUGCCACAGUUUCGGCUCGCGAUGCUCUGUUUGCCGCCGACAUUCCAGAAUCUAAUAUGCAGGAUGAUGAACAGGCUGUAGACGACAGUGAUGAAGAUAUGGCUGGGCAAGCCCAAAUUGCAGAGCCAUCAGUUAGCAACGGUACGUCUCGUGUCCCUGCUACCUGUCAACUGUAUCUUCAUUUGGCCGGUCACAUAAACAUCGCUCAGGAGCAGCAACGGACACAAACUCGACUAAAUCAGGUAGCUCAGUCACUACGCGCAUUGAAUGCGGAGCGUGCUCGCCCGGAAUACCAAACUAAGGUCCCGCUUUCGAAACGAAAUGUGGACGAACGACGGCUCCAUGAACUGGAAGUUGAACAGCAACACUUGGAGGAUAUGCUCUCCAGCCUCGACACAAUGGCCGAGUCAGAGAGCACGUCGGGUCACGUUUCCACGCCGCACUUACAAGUCCAGCAUCCGUUGUUGCGCGCAGUGGUUUCCCUAUCCCCUCACAGAGAGAUUUCUCAUGAAAUUACUGAUAUCCAGUCCUCGAUCGAACAGUACGCGACUGAGGAACUUCUUGGUGGAAAACGGCUAGAAUGUCGGGCCCUGGUGAAACAGUGGCUUUCUUGGGUACUUCGACUUGGCGAGAUACGCAGCGUCCACGAUCAAGUCAACUUUGAGACUCUGUUUCAGUCGUGCCUUAAACAGUGUUUCGAGAUCGACGGCCUGUAUCUGGCUCGCACCCAAGAACCUAGCCUAGCUGAUCUUGCCGCAGCAUUCUUUCUACGUUCCUGUUCCAAUGCCUCGUGUGCUCACGAACGCGUUCAAAGUUGGUUGGCACGACUAAGAGAGAAAUUCCAUCAACACACAGGGGUAACUGACCUCUUCCCACAAUCAAUGUGAUGACCAAGUGUUACGAAAUGAAUAAAAUAAGAACCGGUUGUAUGCAAAUCUUCUUUUGGCUAAACGAUUCCCGGGCUGUGUAUACACUGUGGUGGCCUAGCUAUCAUCAGUUCGUGUCACUGCUAGCGGCGGUCUCUUCUUUUGGGUCGAUCUGUUUUUUCACUACCGUCUUCUUUUUAGUAGGAUCAGCCAACAGUCUGCGGUCCAGCUCGAAUUCGUAAGUGAAUUCUGGCGUUGUGUCAACUGCUUCUCCAUCUGGUGGUUCAUAGUCUUCCGGACAAUCGACCAGACCCCCGUGGAUUCUAGGCGCUGUGUAGUAGGGUCCCUUGAUUUUUCCCAGGAUGUCUUGCACACAAUCGCCUUCAGUCGUGCACGUAGUGGGUAAAUAGAACGGUUGAAUAGCGGCCUUGUACAGCUCCGGGGAUGUCAAAUAGAGCCAAUCGAGAGCUCUCUGUUGCGCCCGCAUGGCACGAGAAAACUGCUGAGACUCAGUUCUUGCCACAUUUGUUUGAUAACGACCCCAUUGUUUUAACAGAACCGCACGUCGGUCAAUUUCGUUUUCACUAAGGUCCACUGGUUGUCGCCUGCGCGAUCUAAAACAGCGGAAAAAAGGUUGUUUCGUUGGCGACCAUAUAGCCUGCUUGGUUUGCAGUACAAAGCGAGAAGCACUGUGACUUACUCUAGCUCUUUGAGUAAUUUACGAUCGCCCUCCAGUUCCGCAACUGGUUUCAGCUGACGUUGUUGGCGAUUGAAUCGCUUGAUUUCCUUUUCGAUUUUUCUAGUCCUUCUGCGCAAACGAUUCUGUUCAAUCAACGGGUCUAUCCGUUUUUUCUUCUUAAGUGGUUCGGCACUGAGUGUGACCAUGGAUAAACUCAUUAUUCAACUUACUAGGCAACCGCGGAGGUGUGUAUCAUAGAAGGAAAGAGUUGCACGGUGCGAAGGAGAGUUGGUUGUUGAGCAAGCACCAGACUAAGUAUCGCCAUAAUCGGACCAAAUAAACAGCUUACCGGGACAGUAGGCUCAGCAUCACGAUUUCAAAGGAAUUUUCAUACUCUUUAUCAGGU